ACCUCGCGCUCGGCGAGGAGACGGUUGGUGGCUGAGGAGGGCCGCGCUCGCCGCCCGCUGCCUCUUCCCUCCCCUGCGAGCUGAGGCUUUUCCUGCCGCUAGAGGGCGCCCCGCUCGCGCCUGGUGGCGGGGAUGCCGCGGAGCCAUGGAGCUGGACGAGGCGUUCGGCUCCGUGGGGGAAUUCGGCCGGAGCCAGAAGCGCCUCACCGCCUUCCUGGUGCUGCUACAGGUAUAUGUGGCCUGUCAGUCUAUGCUUAUUGUAUUAGUGGGGGCUGUGCCAGAGUAUUAUAUUGACCAGGGAGAAAUUCCUGCUAGCACAGAGGAGCUUGCCAGACAUGUCCGAUUUGCAGAUAACUUCACAUCUAUAGCAACUGAGUGGUACUUAAUCAGGCAUGAGGCCUAUAAAGUAAACUUGGCAUCAUCCUUGUAUUUUGCUGGAUUGCUUAUUGGAAAUAUAUUUUUUGGACCAUUGUCUGACAGAUUGGGCAGGAAACCAGUGUACAUGUCAGGUCUGUUCUUUGAUGUCAUUUUUGGAUAUGUCACAGCAUUCGCUCCAAGUUAUGAAAGUUUUGCAAUGUCACGCUUCAUUGUUGGGAUUAUGAAUGGUGGAAUGUCUCUAGUGUCUUUUGUCUUGACACAAGAAUAUGUAGGAAAGUCUUACUGGGCAUUAACAGGGGCUCUUAACAAAUUAACAUUUGCAGUCGGCAUAGCAAUUUAUGCCUUCCUGGAUUACUACAUACGAGAAUGGCGCUCCUUCAUUUGUAAUUCAAUCUCAGGUUUUUUCUUUCUUCUUUCUUUUAUGCUUCCAGAAUCACCAAGAUGGCUGUAUUCCCAGGGGAAUACUGCAGAAGCAGAGGAUGUGCUUCAAUAUCUGGCCUGUGGUAAUGGAAAAGAAAGGUUGACUAUAAAAUUGAAACCAUGUGCAGGAACAGAGAAAAAGAAUGACUCAGCAUCUGGUGUCCUAAACCUAGUAAAACACCCAGUCCUUCGGUGGCGAACUAUCAUCUUGAUGUAUAUCUGGUAUGUCUGCAGCCUUGUAUACUAUGGCCUAACAUUCAAUGCUGGUGAAUUAGGAGGAAAUCUGUAUCUAAAUGUAGCUCUUUAUGGCCUUAUAGAAGUUCCGGCAUUUCCUCUCUGCAUGUUUUUUAUUGAGAAAUCCUGGUCUGGAAGACGUAAAACUACAACUUCUUUUCUCAUAUUUGCUGGGUUUGCAUGUAUAUUUACCAUGUUUUUACCAGAAAAUUCUGGAGAAACUGUGUUUAAUACUGUCUAAUAGUCCUGAAAAAAAGGUCAUGGAAUAUUGUGCCAGAGUUGCUA